CCACCUGUGCCAGUUUUACCUUGUACUGGGGCCUUGUCCCGACUUCCUGACUACUGUUACGCUCCGCUGUUACUGGCUUGUUGACCGGUGCUAGGUUCAUUGUACUUGACAGGAAAUUAAGAAGGGACCUGCGGCGACCCUGACUUUUGGCGGGGUCGCCGGUUGCCCAGGAUGCAAGUCCGCGAAACGCGGGGUGGGGCAGCUAGCCAGGCCACGAGCAGCCACCGAGUAUGGCCCCCGCUACAAGACGAGCCGAUUCGGCUGUCGAUCUUCAAGCGGGCUCUUCGGGCGCGCAAGAAGGCGCUCGAGGUCGCUCAGCAGGAGGCACACGCAGCCGCGGCCGUCUCCUCCGCAGCCGCAGCGGCCGCGGCUGCUGAGGCUGCAGCUGCCAGCGCCCAGGCGGUAGUUGACGCUCAAGCAGCAGCCGUGGCUGUGGUAGCAGCCACUGCACGGGCCACGGCUGAGGGCCUUGCGGAGGGCCACAUCCAGCAGAAGUCAAACGAGGAGGCCGCUCGCGCCAAGGCACAAGCGAUAGCCAAGGCCCGCGCGGUGGCCAGAGAGGCACGCACGAAGGAGCGCAAGGAGCAGCGGCGACAGGCGCGGCAACAGCAGCGUCAGGCGGAUAAGCAGCGGCUGGCGGCAGACCGGGAUAGCAAGGUGGCGCGCAAGGCGGAGGUGGAGUCUCAUGAGGCCGAGACGCUGCGGAAAAUCGAGGAGGUCAAGGCGCGGCUGGAGGAGAUGGAGGGCGAGAAGCACCGCCUGGUGGUGCAGCUGCGGCAGGUUCUCCAAGCGGAGGGCCUAUCGCGGCGGCCCAGCAUCAUCACCACGGACAUGAGCGGCAUGCCCACGCCGCUGCCCACGCCGGGCCAGAUGAUGCACCCCAUGGGCCAGCACACCUUCAGCCCCGGCCCGGCGGGCCCAGGCGGCGGGCCGCAGCCACUGCAGCACACGGGCGGGCCAGCCGCGCGCACGGCGAACUUCGUGUCAGGCAGCCACGGCAUCGGCGGCGGCUUCGCGACGCACCCGCUGUACGCGAGUAGCUACGGCGCACCGCCGCCGCCGCCGCCGUCACACGGCGACAUCGACAUGCCCGCGCCGGGCAGCGGUUCGGGCUUCGGCGGUGCGCACGUGCACGCGUCGCCCUUCGGCAACGCGGGCGUCAUGGGCACCGGGGGCUACGGCGCUGCACCGGGCUCAGGGCCUACAUCCUCGGCUGGAGUCGGAGGGCCGGGCAGCACGGGCAGCCACCGCUGGGCGCGAGCCAGCCAGGAGGAUGAGGAUGAGGGCGAGAUCCGCGAGGACGGGGAGUACGGCAUGGCAGGGCCGGGACCAGGGUCCAUGGCUGGCCCAGGAGGCGCGCCAGGAGCCGGCAGUGUUGGUGGCGGCGGUGGCUUCGGACAUGGGGCAUUCGGUGCCGGUGGCGGCGCGUUUGGUGAGCCAGGGCGGCGUGGGCCGUUCUCUGGGGACGGGCGGCCAUCGCCGGUGGGGCCAGGGCAACACAUGGGCAUGGGUAUGCACGGGAUGGGCGGCGGGAGAGGCAUGGGAUUGGGUGCUGGCAUGGUCGGUCGUGGCGGUGGCGGCUCUAUAUGGCCAGUUACGUCGCCGAGCCCCACGUUUGGUGGUCAGCAUCACGGGGGGCCGCCGUCGCUCGGGCGGAGUAGCGGCGGCUACGGCGGUGUGGGUGGCGGCCUAGGCGGUGGCCCCGCAAGCCAAGGCCCUGGGAGGCUUUCGUCUGGUGCUUGGCGGGAAGAUGAAAUUGGCGGCAGCAGUGAAGGCGGUGGCGGUGGUGGCGGCAUGGGCGGCGGUGGCGGCGGCAUGGGCGGGUACGGGCGAGGGCGAGGCAGCUUCGGGCAGGGCCCUGGCGGGCCUCGGCGCAAUUGGUAGAACGCUCGCUUGCGGGCUCGAAAACAACUUCAUUCUUAGUAUACACGCUGUACGUUUAUCAAGGAUCUUAUGAAGGCGGACCAGACUGUGUAAAAUUCAAUAUUG